AUGGAUUUUUCUGGUGGUAAUGUGAAUUUUGCAGGAGCCUCUAAUCACAUGACAUUUAACAUAACACUUUUAACAAACAUUACUUACCUUCCCUGCCCCUUGUUGAUUACCUUACCAAAUGGUUACAAGGUGAAAGUUGUGAAAAUUGGUAGUGUGAUACUUACAUCAAACAUUGUUCUGCAUGAAGCCCCUUCAAUGAAGAGGCCUCUGAUGAUUGGUGAGGCAAAGAAUGGGCUAUAUUUUCUGUAUUCUAAAUGUCUGAUGAAGUCCACUUAUUUUGGUGAUGCAUGUGCUACUUCAACCACUUUCACUUCUGGUUACAUAUCAAAUCAAGAUGCUUUCAGUUUCAAAUCUGUUUCUUUUCCUGCUUCUUCAUGCUACCCCUUUGGAUCAAAAGGCUACAAAGUUCUCAGUCUGGCCACCAAAAAGAUACACAUCUCCAGGGAUGUAGUUUUUAAAGAAAAUAUUUUUCCUUUUGCUAUUCUUCCUGACAUUUCUUCUUUUCCUUCUGUCUUGCAUUCUGUUCCUUUCAUUGAUCCUGUGCAUCCUAACAUUGAAUCACAAACUGUACAACAUGUUGAAAAUGAUGUAGUUGAUGCAAGUGACAUUUCACCUCACACUUCACCUAAUCAUGUAACUAAUUUACCUGUCACCAUUCAGCCCUCCAAUCCUACAAAUACACUUGAACCUACAGCCCCCAGCAGACCAUCUAGACCACAUAAAUUACUCACACACCUUUAUGAUUAUGUUUUACCCAAGAAUAUGACUAAACAUUUACAGAACUCAAAUAUUUCCCUAAAUACAGCCUUCUCCAAACACCAACAUGUGCCACCUGAGGUCUUAGCACUUGAGAGUCAGACUCUUGUGAGAAAUGUCAGUAGUGAUGAUGAGCCUUCUUCAUAUGGGGAGGCUGCUAUGAACCCUGCCUGGCAACAAGCAAUGACACAAGAGUUUGAAGCAUUGCACACAAAUCACACUUGGGAUCUGGUUCAUCUACCUAGUGGCAAGAAGCCAUAA